UAAUUUGUAUAUUUGUAAGUAGCGUGAAUCGAACGCAUAGCAGAUUCUUAGAUAAUUACAAGCCGGUGAUUGCAAGCCCGAGCCCCGCACAGUCUUAGGGAAGACCGGAACCACAAUCGAACUGACGGUUAACUAUGGGUGAUGCGUGCCAGCCGCCCGUUGACUAUCCACCAUGCCCGCCGGGAGCUACUUGCCCGCCAUGUGAUUGUGGGGAUUAUGCUGGCUGCUGCUAUCAGCAGCCAGCGCGCACUCUUCCCAUAAUCCCGCAGUCGCACUUCAUGCGCUCGACUGCUCCGCUGGACACAGAUACCAUCUAUCGCCGCUCGUACUAUGGCAACUGUGGCGAUAAUUUGCGCGCUGUUCCGGUGCGUCCCUGCAACCACAUAAGCGCCAACACGGCGCCUAUGGAGAAGUGUACCGUACAGAAGCUAUCGUAUAUGCCGCCGUGCCCGGCAUCGCGCACGAUGCCCAUUCUUCCAAUGGCGAGCGGAUUGCGCUUUGAAGGGCCCAUCUAUGCGAUGACAUCACAGAAACAUGACUAUGUGCCCAAGGGCAUUGUGAAGCGAGAGCCGUGCUUGCCACGUGUCGCCAUCUGCACAUCCACGGCUCCAAUGGAGCGCUGCACCAUACAAAAGCUGAGCUAUAUGCCUGUGGAUGUGUGCCAGAAUCCGCCGCCCAAGUCCAUGCCACAGAAUUCGCACUACACCAAACCCGCCGGCCCAAUGGAGCGCUGUACCAUACAGAAGCUGUCGUACAUGCCGGUCUGCCUGCCACCAAAGGAGCCAACACCAUGGGCGGAUAAGGUGCGCUGUGUGCCUCCCAACUAUCAGAACAUCUGCACCACUUACAAUCUGAGCUAUAUGCCCAAUUGUAAUACUGCACGUACCGCACCCAUGUUGCCAAUGAAUACUUUACGGUUCCUCGGCAACGAUGCUGGUGCCGCCAGCACCGUCUACAAGCUAAGCUAUAGGCCAGUGGAUGCUUCUCGCAGCAAGCCCAAUCCUAUUUUGCCAAGGGACACGUUCCGUCGGGCCACUGGCCCGCUGGAACGAUGCACAGUACAGAAGCUGUCGUAUCAGCCCAAUUGUACUGAGCGCACACCACCAAUUCGGCCCAUGGAGAACGGCCUGCGCUUUGAUGGACCUCUUUAUGCGAUGACAACGCAGAAACACGACUUUGUGCCCAAGCCGCAUGUGCGUCGUGCUCCCAUAGUGCCGCUGACAGCCUUUUGCCGACCCAGUGGCGCCAUGGAACGUUGCACAGUCAACAAGCUAUCGUAUAUGCCAGUGGAUGUGACAUGCUUCCCACGGCCCCAGGCUGUUAAGCCACGCCAGGGCUUCUGCCGCAACGAUGGCCCCGUGGAGAACUGCACCACAUACAAGCUGAGCUAUUUGCCCAACAGUGUACAGCCCAAGGAGCCGAUGCCCUGGGCACGGUAUACGUCCUACUGCCGCCCAAGUGGUCCCAUCGAGAAGUGCACAAUUCAAAAGCUCAGCUAUGGUCCACCCGGUGCCUUUCAGCGUUGUGGUGGUCCAUGUGGUUCUACCUGUGCCGAUGCUGGCUGCUAUCCGAAGGCUGGCAUUUGUUGAAUCGGGAAUACGUUUUGCUUGCUCGUGUCGACAUGUCUCGUCACCUGUCCCAAUUGUUUUAUGUUACAUGUUGUUUCAAAAUCUUCAAGUCCAACUGUUUAGCGUUUAUUGACUCGCAUCGACCAAUGAGGACACUUCUAUUAGCAGUUCUAGUACGUGUAUAUGAGAACGUAUCACAAAUCCUUAUGAAACACAAACAUGUCAUCGACUCACCCACUACGUUUCUUGUUGCUGCACACAAAUUUUCCGGCAAAAUUUCAAGUGCUCCUCGCUGUUUCAAUAAAUUGUAAUUUUAUUGAUUCGGUCUUGAUAAAAAAAAUUAAGGUCCUAUAAUAAAACGUCUUCACACCA